AUGGAGAGUGGCUUUGCGACUACCCCAGCCAACUACCUACGAGGUCCCAUAGACUUGUGCAUAUCCAAGUUCCUGGUCCGUAACCUGAUCUUCUCUUACGGUGGGAGGGACUUUGCUCCUCUAGAAGCUAGUGGAGAGAGUGGUGCAGGGAAAACAGAGAGUACGAAGCUAUUGUUGCAGCACAUAAUGAACCUAUGCAAAGGCAACUCGCAGCUGGAGCAGCAGAUCCUUCAGGUAAAUCCAUUGCUUGAAGCUUUUGGCAAUGCCCAGACUGUGAUGAAUGACAACAGCAGCCGCUUUGGAAAAUACAUACAGCUGCGUUUCCAGAAGAACACAGUGCAAGGUGCAAAGCUGAGUGAGUACCUGUUAGAGAAGUCACGGGUAGUGCAACAAGAUACUGGGGAGAGGAAUUUUCACAUCUUCUACUACAUGUUUGCUGGACUCUCUCCAGAGGAAAAGGAGAUGUAUGGGCUAUUGGAUCCUUCACUCUACAGGUACAUAAGUGGACGAUUUGGUACACAGGAUGUAGCUCAGCGCUGGAAGCACAAAUACCAAGAGGUGUGCAAUGCUCUUGACAUGGUGGGCUUCCAAGAACAGGAGCAAGUGGACAUGCAGGCUAUCUUGGCUGGUGUGUUGUCGCUGGGCAAUGUGACCUUUGAGCCUGAGGAGAGCGAUGGGUCUGUAAAAGUGAGUGAAGCCUCCCGGGGAUGGCUGAAGGCUGCAGCGGGUCAAUUUGGAGUCCAAGAAGAUGAACUGUUAAAAUGCCUUGUUUGUACUAUGUCAGUGACCCGAGGCGAGCAGAUUCAGCGUUUUCACACCCAGCAGCAGGCAGAAGAUGCUCGGGACUCCAUUGCAAAGGUGGCAUAUGGCCGAGUAUUUGGCUGGAUUGUUUGCAAGAUCAAUGAGCUGCUGGCUGAGAACGUGGAUCCUGAGGUGGAACUGAGGGAGAUAGGUAUCUUGGAUAUUUUUGGGUUUGAAAAUUUUGCAGUGAAUCGUUUUGAACAGCUUUGCAUAAACUUGGCCAAUGAGCAGCUGCAGCACUUCUUCAACCAUGCUGGGAAGGAAGAUGCUCAGGAUUAUCUAGCCAAGUCUUCUGGGUGCUCCAACCUCUUUUAUCUGUUUCAGCACAUUUUCCAGCUGGAGCAGGCUGCCUAUAAAGAAGAAGAGCUGCCUUGGGAGACUAUCACAUUCAACAAUAAUGAACCUAUUCUGAAUCUGCUCCUGGCCAAGCCACUUGGGCUCCUGUCUCUUCUGGAUGAGCAGAGUGCAUUCCCUCAGGCCACUGAUGAGACGUUUGUGGAUAAACUAAACAGCAGCUUCAAGGGGAAUUUACACUUCCAGCCAGGCCGAGGCCGUGUUUUGGGCUUCAGCAUCAUUCACUAUGCUGGGAAAGUACAAUAUACUGCUGGGGGCUUUCUAGAGAAGAACAGAGACGCCUUGCCAGCCAACGUCCGAGGGCUUUUCAUCAACAGCGUCACCCCCUUGCUCAGUGUGCUGUUCACAGCCACUAUCUCCAGAACGGGGACACUGAUGCCUCAUGUGAAAGCCAAGGUCAUACCAGGAGCAGACGACAAGUUCAACAGCACACGAAAACAGUCUGCCGGAGCUCAGUUCCGGCAUUCCCUGAUGGUGCUCAUGGAGAGGAUGUAUUCUGCCAACCCACACUUUGUGCGCUGUAUAAAGCCCAACAGCCAGAAGGAGCCAGGUGUGGUGGACAGCCAGCUGGUGCUGCUGCAGUCCACUCCUUUUGAUAACUUCUUGGACCCUUCUGUGCCUCGCCCUGUUCUGGGCGCAGAGGGACAGACUGGAGAAGAGGCAAAAAUGAGGAAACUCAAGAGAGGAGCAACUCUCCGCUGGUUCAAAGAGACGCAGGCCCAGAAGGUCAUGCAGGAUGAUGGGGCCUUUCCAAGCUGGCUGCAUGGGAUGAUCAGCCGAAGGGAAGCUGAAAACUUGCUGAUUGACAAGCCUUUGGGUUGCUUCCUUGUUCGGAUCAGCCAGAGUCGACCAGGCUACACCUUGACAUACAGGGGUGAAAGCCGCUGCAGACACUACAUGAUCCAGAUGCAGCCCAAUGCGCGCUAUGUUAUCCUGGGGGAAGACCGGGCUCACACCUCGCUCACUGAACUGGUUCAGUAUCACCAGACUGUGGGCAUCCAGCCCUUCAUGGAGACACUGACUGUUCCCUGUGGGCAGAAAAGUAGUGAGAGUUUGGAUUACAAAAAUCUGGAGUGCCUCAGGCUGGGUCCACCAGCAGCCGAGGGGGAGACCCCUCCAGAGGAGCAGCCCUGCCCCUCCAGGCCUUCCACCAGCAGACCUGCUCUGCAGUCAGGAGCAACCACGGUUCUCAGAUCCGCGUGGUUCAGGAAGUCCAAGAAUUGCCAAAACCAGCAGAGCCUGGACAAGAAUAUGACAAAGCCAAGCUUAGGCAAGGAGAAAGACAGCCAACGAGCCUUCCCACGCCUCCACUGUUCCAUACGCUUGGCGAUGCAGGAAAUCCAGCAG